AUGCACCUGAGCGGUUUUAAGCUCACCGAUGCCCUUCGGUGCUGCACCCUCGAUGCUGAGUCAGUUGACGACACCUUGGAACCUGAAUUGUCUUAUCCUGGAUCUGACAAUAUGCCUGACGACAAGCCGCUUAACAUAAAGCAACCUCCAGACUGGCCGGCAUCACCGGAGGCGAAUCUUUCGCCCGUCCAGUCAAGUCAGACCAGCGGCCAGAAGAGAAAAGCCUAA